UUGCUCGCGUUCACCCGGAAACGCGUUUCGUGGCGAAAGUAAAAUCCGUGCAUUAGAUUCAACGUCGACUUAGCGUGACAAAUCGAACAAGUUGGACAUUCGAGGGAAUGGCACUCGACUUCGCCGCGGGCUGCGUGGGAGGCGCUGCUGGUGUUUUGGUUGGACAUCCGUUCGACACAGUGAAGGUGCGGCUUCAGGUUCAAAAUGCAGACAAGCCUCUCUACCGCGGCACAUAUCACUGCUUCCAGUCCAUCGUGCGCCAGGAGUCGACGUUGGGUCUGUACAAAGGCCUGGGCUCUCCCAUGAUGGGCCUGACCUUCAUCAACGCCAUCGUGUUCGGCGUGCAGGGCAACGCCAUGCGCAAGUUGGGCCACGACACGCCGCUCAACCAGUUCCUGGCGGGCGCCUCGGCGGGCGCCAUCCAAUGCGUCAUCUGCUGCCCCAUGGAGCUGGCCAAAACUCGCAUGCAGAUGCAAGGCACUGGGGAGAAGAAAUCCAAAAGGAAGGUAUACAAGAACUCUCUGGACUGCCUGCUGAGGAUCUACAACAAGGAAGGCAUUCGGGGCAUCAACCGCGGCAUGGUGACCACGCUCAUCCGCGAGACCCCCGGCUUCGGCGUCUACUUCCUGGCGUACGACGUGCUGACACGCCGCCUGAGCUGCGAGCCGGAGGACCCCUACCUGAUCCCCAAGCUGCUGUUCGCCGGCGGCAUGUCCGGCAUCGCCUCCUGGAUCUCCACCUACCCCGUGGACGUCAUCAAGUCCCGGCUGCAGGCGGACGGCGUGGGCGGCGUCCACCGCUACGACGGCAUCAUCGACUGCGUGCGGCAGAGCGUUCGCAAGGAGGGCUGGAGGGUGUUCACGCGCGGUCUCACCUCCACGCUGCUCCGGGCCUUCCCGGUCAACGCCACCACCUUUGCCACCGUGACUCUCUUCCUGCUUUACAUGCGCAAGGACGACGAGUGCGUCCUGACGGGUCCCGAGCCGCACGCGGCGCCCAUGCCGCCGUUGCAGCCGCAGACCCAGGCCAGCAGCAUCUGAGCUCAGCCGCGCUAAGCAGAAAAGUGAUUGUAGCUGCAUAUCAGACAGGCAUUAUAUUUAAGAAUGAUCCAUUAGUCAGAUAAAACUGCACUUGUACAUAUAUACAGUAGUCUGUUUUUGUAUACUUCAUUUUCUACGGUCAUUAAAGGAGAGCUAACAGACGUUACAGCAGUACACCGUAAAUAGGUUGAAAUGCUGCUUUGUCCUACCUUUGCUGGUAAAUCUUCAACUAGCUGUCUACACGACACUUUGGUUCAUUUUUCUUAAUGGUUACCAGAGGUGGAUCACUCGAGGCAAACCUAAGUUUAAGCAUUGAGACUCCCACCUCCGACAAUCAUGGAAAACCUGUCACACUUGCUGUACAUACAUGUAAAUAUUACAUUUGUCUCUUGAGCUCUCAGCGGUGUCAUUUUCGGUGUCUUUCACAUUUUACUCCAUUCCUCAACUUGAACCUCCCAGGACAACAUAGUUAAAUUGUUAGAAAUAAGUGACUCGGUUUCAGACUGAAACAGAAAACAGGAAGAUGUUAGUGAUGCAGUCACAUAAAAAAAAAAAGAAAAAAAAAAAAGCUGACCGUCCGAUAACAGUAAAGUCCAUUUUCUGUGACCAUUUUUUUUCAGUGUACCUGACCAUACCAAAUGAUCACCGUCCCACCACAGUGAAUUAGAAACCAAAUGGCCGAUGCAGAGAAUGUGUAUGUAAUGCUGGUUUUGAAUGUCUCCAAAAAUAAAUACAAAUCUGCUUGGACCCAAAACUAUUACAAAACAUUUAUCAAAGCAGUGUGAUGAAUGUGUUAAAUUAAGCACAUAUCUGUGAAAGUAUGACCUAUUUUGGUACUCUUCUCUCACUAGAUUAUUUAUGCCCGUUUUGAAUCCAAAUUCUGUUACAAUGUCGUUUGUGCUGAAAUCCUGUCAUCUGUUUGAUUAUCAAUAAAAGGCACAUGGCCUUAUUGAA